AUGGGUGAGGAUGAGGAGGAUGACGCCUCCCCCCAGGGCAAUCCAGCUUCCAUGAACAGUUUAUCCUCCUCCACCACUCCUGUUGAGGGUAUUCAUAUUCCUGUCAGCUCAGGACACUACGUGAUGGUCUCAUGUCAUCACCAUCAGUACUCGUUUGUGUCAAUCAAUAAGACCUGGACAGAGGCCCAAGCGUACUGCAAGGAGAGGUGGGGCACUCUGGCCACUGCCACCAGUGCAGGGGACAUGGAGCUGCUGACCAAGGCCGCCACGGAUAAAGGUCAUGGGGGCGACUUCUGGAUCGGCCUGUACAACAGCUGGCAGUGGUCACUGGCUGGCAAUGAUGAUUAUUCCAAGGAGGCGGAGUUCCAGAACUGGGGAUGGGAUGAGCCACAUUAUGACAAGAAGGAAAACUGCACGGUCAUAGAAGCACCGACAGGGAAGUGGCAAGACUGGCCGUGUGAAACAAACUUUACCUUCGUGUGCUAUGAUCAAGGGAAGUCUGACCCCUAUAUCCCCGUGGCCACACCUCUCAGCUGGUCUCUGGCUCAGAACUACUGCAGGACCCACCACACUGACCUGGCCGUCAUAACGGACGAGGCUCAGAACCAACAGGUCCAGAACAAGGUCUCGGGCCUCUCUUGGCAGUUUACCUGGAUUGGCCUGUUCCAACACGGCUGGAGGUGGAGCGACACAACUGGUACCACAUUCAACAACUGGACAUUCAGUCAGCCAGUCAACGGGGAGGGUACCUGUGGGUCGGUCUCAUUGGGCGACAGUGGCAUAGUGAAGAACAGACAGUGCUACAACCAAAUGCCAUUUGUCUGCCGCUACAGGGUUGUGCGUAAGCAAAUCGUCAGAGUGAAGAUACGAUCAGAAUCCGAUGUCGAUAUGAACAACCCUGCUCUUCAUACAGCAAUCAUGGAACAGAUUCAGCAGAAACUGUUGAAGGGAAAGCAGCGGCCUUCUGAUAUCCGUCUGACAUGGAUGAAGCAAUACGAUGGACGGAUCUUCCACGCAGAAGAAGAUGACACACACAUACAAAAAAAAAACAGAGUAGAGCUUUAAAUAAUAUUCUAGUUCUUGAUUAUAAACAUAACUGCCACUAGUGGAAGCGGAACAUAGUCAUUUGCAUUGUAUCUUAUAUUUAUCUUAGUUUAUUAUGUCAGAAUUUAGCAAGCAAAACAAUGUUGUGCAUAUCCAUAUAGCUUUUUUACUUCCCAGCAUGCCUUGCAAAAUUGCCCAUCCCACACACACUCUUGUGUGCAUGGGCA